AUGGCGUUACCGUCCGGUCGGGCGGCUUUCAAGAAGAAGGAUGGCAUCUUGACCUUGACACAGGACCGGCAGUUCGUAAUUUGGACACCAGCGCCUGGCGAUGGCCCGCCAACGGUUUCGCUGGCGCUGAGCAACAUCACGAACACCGCCGCCAAGGUCAUGUUGAAGAUCUUUGAGAAGCCUCCCGAAGCCACAGAGCAGAUGCCCUAUCUGUUCCACUUCACCUCACCAGACGCCAGAUCCGAAGCCAAUGCCAUCAAGGACCUGCUCUCAAGGCUUCUGGCCGACAUUCGCUCUGGCGAUCCCAACGUUCCCAAACCAUCGGGUAGCGGAACCCCGAACCCAACGGCGAACGGUUCGAAUGGUGCCAGCGGUGGUGGCGGCUCGGGCUCGGGCUCAAUGACGUUCGCCAGCUCUGUUAACUCAAAGCCGAGCAGUGCUCGGUGGUUCGACGAUGCUCAGCUCAAGGGUGACAUCGAGCUGCAGCAAUCACUGAUGAAGAAGGACCGCACUCUUCACCAGACGUACAUGGACGCACGCGCGACGAAGCCCGAGUCGAUAUCGGACGCCGCCUUCAACGCGCAGUUCUGGUCAACCCGCACGAACCUACUGCGCGCCCACGCCAUCGAGGUGAACCAGCAAAAGGGCGCGUAUAAUGUUCUGCCCGCGAUAAAGCCGCGGUUGGAGAACGACGUGCUCAAGCUUGACAUCACUGUCGAGAUGGUCCAGCUCAUCAUGGCGCAGCACCCGCUAGUCAAGAGACUAUACGAUGAGAACGUGCCCAAGAUUCCCGAGAGCGAGUUCUGGUCUCGUUUCUUCCUGAGCAAGCUGUUCCGCACCCUCAAGGGUGACAGGAUCAGCGACGAGAGGAAGGAGGGCAUCAAGCGGGAUGCACUUUUCGAUGCCCACGACGCCAGCGAGAACACGACCAUGUUUCAGCGGAAGAGCAUGGCACAGAAUGUACCGCACAUCAUCGAUGUCUACGGCAACGAGGAGAACCAGGGCGGCUUCAAGAGCGGGAACCAAAAGGAUAUUGAGAUGCGGCCGCGCAAGAACGUGCCCAUCGUCAACACCCUCAACAGUCUUAGCGAGAGGAUGUUGGCCAACGUAGCGCCUUCGGACCGCGAGGCAGGACCCGAAAUUGAGGACUCGACAUGGCAUGAGCUCGCCCUCCGCGACCUGCGAGGCGAUGUCAAGGAAAAUAAAAUCAUCCUUAACAUCAAGGAGCAGAACCGCUUCUUCGCCAAGAAGGAUGAGACAAAGUCCGCUAAUGCUCUCGCUUUUGCGAAGCAGAACCCUUCGGACGUCCUCUUUGACAUCCAGACCGACCUCGAGACCAUCGAGACGGACGGUGCGGGCGGCCUGAACCUCCGCGCGGGCAUCGGCAUCAUCGACGAUAGCGACAGCGACGAGGAGGGCCAGCGGCCGCUCCACGUCGGCUCCCGCGCCGCGCGCAAGGCGGCGGGCGACGACAUCAUGACGGGGAUCCGCCAGCGGCGCGCCGAGAAGUACGGUGAUACGACGACGGACGAGGCCCGGCCCAUGGGCCUCCCUACCGAGAUCGCCGAGCGGUGCUCGCUGACUCACGCGACGACGGUCGAGUUCCUGCACCAGUUCUGGAACGCGUUUCUCUCGGGCGACCCGGACCGUGCCAAUGAGCUGCAGUACCUCGUCGAGUCACUGGGCCGGUCGGCCGAGCGCAUCAACGCUGUCGCCGAGGAGGCCGAGAGGGCCCGCGACGACAUCAUCCGCGCCAAGAAGAAGGAGAUUAUGGAUCACUACAAGGCGACGGGCAAAAAGAUCAGGGGCUGGCGGCCAGAGCACGAGAAGGGCGGGCGCAAGGCCGUGCUGGCCAUCAUGCAGCCCACCCUCGAGGCGCUUAAGAGGGCCCAGGCGGAUUACAAGCGAGCUCUUGCUGCCGAGGGGGUGCAGCUUUCCACCGAGGCCUAA